AUGACUAGCAGCCUGGGCCUGAGCAGCCUGGGCCUGAGCAGCCUGGGCCUGAGCAGCCUGGGCCUGAGUCGCCUGGGCCUGAGCAGUCUGGGCCUGAGCAGUCUGUGCCUGAGCAGCCUGGGCCUGAGCAGUCUGGGACUGAGCAGCAUGUCCCUCAUGUCUGGCUGCUUUGAACCUGCCCUGAACAUUAGUCACUGUCACUAUCCGGACCCCUCCAAGCACCCUGCACUGAACAUUAGUCACUGUCACUAUCCGGACCCCUCCAAGCACCCUGCCCUAAACAUUAGUCGCUGUCAAAAUCCGGACCCCUCCAAGCACCCUGCCCUGAACAUUAGUCACUGUCACUAUCCGGACCCCUCCAAGCACCCUGCCCUAAACAUUAGUCACUGUCACUAUCCGGCCCCCUCCAAGCACCCUGCCCUGAACAUUAGUCACUGUCACUAUCCGGACCCCUCCAAGCACCCUGCCCUGAACAUUAGUCACUGUCACCAUCCGGCCCCCUCCAAGCACCCUGCCCUAAACAUUAGUCACUGUCAAAAUCCAGACUCCUCCAAGCACCCUGCCCUAAACAUUAGUCACUGUCAAAAUCCAGACUCCUCCAAGCACCCUGCCCUGAACAUUAGUCACUCUCACUAUCCGGACCCCUCCAAGCACCCUGCCCUGAACAUUAGUCACUGUCACUAUCCGGCCCCCUCCAAGCACCCUGCCCUGAACAUUAGUCACUGUCACUAUCCGGCCCCCUCCAAGCACCCUGCCCUGAACAUGAGUCACUAUCACUAUCCGGCCCCCUCCAAGCACCCUGCCCUGAACAUUAGUCACUGUCACUAUCCGGCCCCCUCCAAGCACCCUGCCCUGUACAUUAGUCGCUGUCACUAUCCGGCCCCCUCCAAGCACCCUGCCCUGAACAUUAGUCACUGUCACUAUCCGGCCCCCUCCAAGCACCCUGCCCUGAACAUGAGUCACUGUCACUAUCCGGCCCCCUCCAAGCACCCUGCCCUAAACAUUAGUCACUGUCACUAUCCGGCCCCCUCCAAGCACCCUGCCCUGAACAUUAGUCACUGUCACUAUCCGGACCCCUCCAAGCACCCUGCCCUGAACAUUAGUCACUGUCACCAUCCGGCCCCCUCCAAGCACCCUGCCCUAAACAUUAGUCACUGUCAAAAUCCAGACCCCUCCAAGCACCCUGCCCUGAACAUUAGUCACUGUCACUAUCCGGCCCCCUCCAAGCACCCUGCCCUGAACAUUAGUCACUGUCACUAUCCGGCCCCCUCCAAGCACCCUGCCCUGAACAUUAGUCACUGUCACUAUCCGGCCCCCUCCAAGCACCCUGCCCUGAACAUUAGUCACUGUCACUAUCCGGCCCCCUCCAAGCACCCUGCCCUGUACAUUAGUCGCUGUCACUAUCCGGCCCCCUCCAAGCACCCUGCCCUGAACAUUAGUCACUGUCACUAUCCGGCCCCCUCCAAGCACCCUGCCCUGAACAUGAGUCACUGUCACUAUCCGGCCCCCUCCAAGCACCCUGCUCUGUACAUUAGUCGCUGUCACUAUCCGGCCCCCUCCAAGCACCCUGCCCUGAACAUUAGUCACUGUCACUAUCCGGCCCCCUCCAAGCACCCUGCCCUGAACAUUAGUCACUGUCACUAUCCGGCCCCCUCCAAGCACCCUGCCCUGAACAUGAGUCGCUGUCACUAUCCGGCCCCCUCCAAGCACCCUGCCUGA